AUGCACCAAUUUAUUGCAUCAAAUAAAUUGGUAAAUUAUUUACAUCGAAGUUCAAGUAGCUCAUUUCUUGAAUUAGAACCUGCGUCUUCAAAGUCACCAUCAUCAAAUACAUCAAUUUUAGUACAACCUAGUUCUAGUUUUAUUGAUUAUUAUUCGAAUAAUUCUUUAUAUCAACAAUUAAUUGAAAGUUCACCAUUAUCAUUAAAUACAUCUUCAUCUCAGCAAUUAAUUACUUCAUUAGAUUUACAUACGCCAAUGUCACCAAUAUCAGAAAAUAAUUAUUCUAAUCAUUCAACAUCAAAAAAAACUUCAACAUUAACAACGAAUGACUCUAUUCCAAACAUGUCUUCAUCGACUUCAACCUCAAUUUCAAAGCGAAAAACGAAAUCUAUUAUUCAAUCAAAAUCUUCAAUUGAUCAGUGUAAUUCAAAAGAUUUAUCAAAUAAACAACAUCGUCUUUCAACAUCUCAUGAAAAUAUAAAUGAUUAUGUGUCAAACUAUAAGCUUUGUAAUUUUAUCAUUCGAAUCGAACAAAUUCCAAAUCUAUGGAUGAUCGACACUACAAAUGAAAGACUAGUGAAAGAUGAUAAAGAUAAUAAAAACUCUUUAUCAGUAAUCAAUAAGCAAACAAGUACAUCACCUAUUCUUCAUGGUUUACUAACAUCUUCAUCAAAAUCAGUUGAUACUAAUUUAUUAUCCAAUAUACAAUCAACUCAUAAUGAUAUUAAUGAAGACCGUAAUAAUAAAAGUCCACAAUAUCGACCAAGACAUUCCUAUUUUCAUUCAUCAGAAACACUAUGUAUAUCAAAAGAUAAUCUAAAUAAAACAUCAAAAAUGUCUCGUCAAGUAUGUCGUUCACCUGUAUUUACACGACGUCCACAAUCACAAAAAUACAAAAUAAUGGACAAUAAUUUUGAUACAACACAUCAACCAACGGCUUUACUUUCAUUAGAUACAAAUGAAAGUACUUUACUAACUAAUGAUGAUAUGGAUAAUCAAUUAUUUAAUGAAAACCAAACUAUAAAUUCCCUAUCAUCAUCAUCGUCAUCGUCAUCAUCAUCAUCAUCAUCAUCAUCAUCAUCAUCAUCAACAGUAACUAGUAAUAAUAAACGAAAAUUUGAAUCUUCAUCAUCAGAACAAAUUUUAGUAAAACGUCGUUAUCCAAAAACAAUACCAAUAAUUAUUACACAAAAUCAGCUUUGUAUAUCAUAUCCAAAGGAUAUUUCAUGGUGUAUUGAUUGUCGAACAAUAAAUCCAUUAGAUUUAUCUAUGCAACAAUCUAGUUGCCGAUUUCAACAUUGUCGAACAUUGAAAUAUUUUGGUGAUGAUAAAUACGAAGUCGAAGGAUUUAUAAUAGUUGAUAAAGCCAAAUCGCAAGAUACUAAGUAUUUACUUACACCAAAUUCUGGUGGACAACCACCAUUAAAUAUAAUCAGUGCAAAAUAUAUAUUUAAACAAAUAGGUAAAUUAUUUUAUUCAAUGUUUUUACACGAAGAAGCUCAACGAUCAAGACAGAACAAAAAAGCAAUUAUUUGGAAACCAUAUAUGGCUGGUUGGAGAGAAGUUUGUGAUCAAUGUUCAACAACACUUUUUAAUUAUCAUUAUAUGUGUAAAGAAUGUGGAUACAUGCUUUGUAUUGAAUGUUCAAAUGAAUUAACUCAAAUAAAUACUGAAAAACGAAAAAAAUUUAAACGUAUUUGUACUCAUGUUAACACAUACUGUUUAUCAGAAUUUAUUCCAUGGGAUAUUUUAGUUAAAUUACGUAAUGAUUGUAUUAAUUAUUUAUCGAAAUUAAAAAUUGAUUAUUCAAUGAAAUUUUAUCCAUCGUCAAGAAAUGAAAAUUUAUCAAUGUUUAUAAAAACUUUAAAAAUGAAUCGAUUACAUGGUAUACGCAAUGUAAAAAUAAUUUGGUCUUCUGCUGAUUGUAAUCACGAUCCAAAUAUUGAAUUUUAUUGUAAUGGUCGUUUACCUGUUUUUAAUGAAUGGACGAGUGAGAAUGCAAAACGUUUUUUUCGAAAAGUUUGGGCAGCUAGUUGUCCAGUAAUUGUUAAACAAGUUCAUCAUAAUUUAUCGAAAACACUUUGGCAUCCAAAGUCAUUUAAAUUACAUAUGAUUGAUCAUCAUGAAACACCAUUAUUAUGGGAUUGUGAAACUUUAUCACCAGUUCAAACUAAUGAAGGAAUUUUAAUCCGUUUUUGGGAAGGGUUUGAACGUUUAAAUGUUCGUUUGAAAAAUAAUGAAAAUGGUGGACGACGACGUAUACUUAAAUUAAAAGAUUGGCCAACAAAAAAAGAUUUUGCAUCUGUUUUUCCAGAACGUUUACAUGAUCUCAUGAAUAAUAUUCCGUUUGAUGAUUAUACUCGACGAUCGUAUAUAUAUAAUGGUGUUGCUUAUCAUGGUGGAGUUUAUAAUAUUGUUGAACGAUUACCAACUUGUUUAGUUAAACCUGAUCUUGGACCAAAACUUUAUAUUGCUUAUAGCCAACUUACAAGUCGAGAAGCAAAACAAGCCGGAACAACUAAUCUUCAUAUUGAUGUAUCUGAUGCGGUAAAUGUUCUUGUCUAUGUUGGUAUAGGUGGUCAUGGUGAUGAUGGAUCUGAUAAAGAAGAAGAAAUUCGACAAGUAGAAGCAGAAAUUCUUGAUUCAAAUAUUGAUCAAGCUCAAUUACAACGAUUAAGAAAUGGAGAAAGACCUGGUGCACUUUGGCAUUUAUUUCGUUCUGAUGAUGUAAAAAUAAUUCGUGAAUAUAUUGGUCGAACUCAACGUAAAUCUGCUGGUUCUGAUUCUAUACAUGAUCAAACAACUUAUUUAGAACGAGAAGAUUUAGAAAAAUUAAAAGAUGAAAGUAAUGUAGAAGCAUAUUCAAUACUUCAAUUUCUUGGUGAUGCAGUUUUUAUUCCAAGUGGUGCACCACAUCAAGUAAAAAAUUUACAUUCAUGUAUAAAAAUUGCUGAAGAUUUUGUUUCACCGGAAAAUCUUGAUCGAUGUUUAAUAACAGCAAAUGAAUUUCGAUCAUUAUCUAAAACACAUACAAAUCAUGCUGAUAUCUUGCAGGCCAAGAACGUUCUUUAUUAUACAAUACGUGAUGCAGUAAAUUCGUUGAACGAAUCAAAUAGAAAUGAAACCAUAUUAGAAUCUUCCAUAUUAGGUGUACUUAAUUAA